AUGUCACUCACGGAUAUCCAUACUAUAUCGUUCUCUUCGCUACUCCCGUCUGGCACGCUCAAUGGUCUUACACAGUCUGACAGGGACAGACUGGCCGACUACGCCGAGGGAGAGACGCGCGCCGAGAGAACGAAGGAUUGGUGCGCUUUGGAUAAGAUCGAUUUCAUGGAUGCCAUUGGUGCCAUGGGCACUGUGGUGCAAGAGCAGGACUUAGAGAAGAAAGUAUUCAUCCACCAGGGGACCACUGAAGCUGGAGUUUGUCAACACCAGCCGCCGGCGUCCGAACCGAUCAAGCCGUUUCAGAAAUGGAUAAAGACGUUGCAUAAACGAGCGUUGCGUCGUCAGGAACUGUUUGGGGGCGAUGGCAAUAAUACACCAUGCUGUCUCGAUAUGGAAGGGAGAAGUUCGAUGACUUGGGAUUCGGGGCACUAUCGGCACUCGUCAGAUUCGUCAUUCAACUUUGUGUCGGCGGUCAAAAGCGCCAGUAUCUCCCUGACAAGCGUCAGUGUCUUGACGCGCUCACGGAAAAACACGAUACGAUCAUCUCGUGGCCACUCGAGGACGGACCGCAGCAGCAGAGCUUCCGUUUCGGGAGCACGGCUUUCUGAAGACAGUUUCUGUCAGGAACGACAGGUGGUGCUGGAUCCCGCCGUCAUCGAAAGGUCGCUACAACGACGUCGAAUAUUGGAGGAGUUGAUCAGCACCGAAGAGAGCUAUAUUGGGGACGUGAGGUUCCUGAUGAAUGUAUAUGUCACGAUACUAGCAUCUUUACCGACACUACCCGUCGCCGUACGUUCCUCCAUCAACCAGAACUUGACCGACAUUGUGGAGCUGCACGAGGAAAUGCUAGGAGAGCUCCAUCGAGCGGUCCCUCACUCUGAAUAUUCUCAGCUCGAUGUGCCGCUUCAAGCCCCCCAAGCCAACCAAGCUGCCCGUGGACACCAGCGUUGGAGGAGCCUUGAUGCUGUCCCGGAGGACAAAGACGGGGUAGCAUGGCUGCGAGAUGUGCCCGGGUUGCUCGCAGAGCCCCAAACGGUGGCAGAAGUUGCAAAGAUCUUCAAGAACAAGGCAAGCGGCACGCCCCAGGUUUUAUUUUCCGAGGAAGCGUGCAUGCUAACCAGAGAAAACUUGCAGAUGAAUCGAUUCUUUAUCUAUGAAGAGUACGGGGCAAAGUACGAACUCAUGAUUAAAGAUGUCGCAUCUGCCCAUCGGACAAUGCCAGGGUGGCAGUCGUAUCAAAAGGGAUUGGAAGUUCUCGCUGCAUCCGUGGGCUCGAUCGACAGCCAAGGCGAUCAUUCCAAGAAGAGUCUGACCAUCGGUGACCUUCUUGUCAAACCGAUUCAACGGGUAUGCAAGUACCCUUUGCUCUUCUCCGAGCUGCUCAAGCAUACGCCGGUGGUGGACUGUCCCUAUUCGCACAUGGAGAUCGAGAACACGCUUAUCAGGCUACGUGAGGCCACGGCCGAGAUCAACCGGGCCACAGACGACCCUCGUGUGCGUACGGUGCUGGAGAAAACUUGGAUUCUCCAGGACAGGCUUGCAUUUCCUAACCAGCAACUAGAUGCAACUACCAAGAACCGUAUUCGGUCUUUCGGCCACAUUCAGCUUUGUGGUGCCCUUCAUGUCUGCUGGCAGUCCAAAGAAGGGGUGAACGGGCAGUACAUGGUGGCGCUCCUGUAUAAGGAGUGGUUUUGCCUUGCGACGGCUAGUAAGAUCGACCAGGUAUACACGAUUCAGGCGUGCAUCGCAUUGUCAAACAUUAAGGUGGAGGAGGUAGAUAACGGUCGAGGACUCCAGUGUCACACGGCGCCGUAUUCUUGGAAGAUUGUCUUUUUGUGCGACAACCAACUGUACGAACUCAUCCUCACCGCUUGCACGCCGAAGGAGGAACUGGAAUGGCGUACUCGGCUCAGCAGCCGGACCUUGAGCGUCCCGGACCAGGACCUAAUGCAACCGGCCAUCUUCAGCUCGCUUUCACUGGAUAUCAAAACACUGGGGACUGUUUUUAGAAAACCAGGAACCAUUGCCAGAAGAAUAUCGAUACACCGAGCAACGACGGUGGGGCCAAGAUCUCCUUUGUGUCAAGUCAUUCUCAAAAACACGAGCGUCAUCAAGGAUGCGCCGACAGCGAGCUACAGCGCUCAAAUCAACCGAUCGCAGUCCCUGUUGGCCACAAACCACCGUAUCCCGGUGUUGGCGCCUUCCCGUGGUGAAAGGGCCCGGCUUGAGGCUCUCAUGUCGGAUGUGUGGACCCGGGACAUACUGCCCUUUCCCGGGAUAACUGCCCGAUCCAGGAGCGAGCACCUUGUUAGGUCGUCGGCCUCGUCAGUCAUGCGGAAGUUAAGCGUCGUGAGUAUCGCGAGCAGUUUUACGAAACGUUCCGCAAGCCUUGCAAGCUUGCAAAAGAAUGUUACCACCGAGGAGGAAGUGACAACGCGAAAUAACAGGGAGGGUGGUGUUGUCCAAACGGCGGCGGUGAUGGCAACAACGGCAUCAAAGUAG